AAGAAUUAUGAAAAUCGUGUCCGCUUGCCUCGCUGUGUAAACAUGGCGGACGCCUUUGGAGACGAUUUGUUCAGCGUGUUUGAUGACGAGCAAACUAGUUCUUCUAAAGCUAAACCAACGCCACCGGCUGGAAAAACUGCUGGUAAACAUGGAAAAGGAAAGAAAGAGUCGCCCUCUAUUACCAAGAGUAAACGAGAAGCUGACAAUGAUGGCACAGAUGAAGUUGUCUUUGGGAAGAAGGCGAAGCUCGAAACCGUAUCGCCAGAAGAAAUCAACCUCGCAGACCUCAUGCCUCAGGUAAAAGUGGAACCAGUGGAGACCGUUGAAGGCUGUACACAUGAGGUCGCUCUACCAGCAAAUGAAGACUACAAACAGUUGAAACCUCGAGUUGGGAAAGCGGCAAAAGAGUACCCAUUCAUACUGGACCCCUUCCAGAGAGAAGCCAUUCUGUGCAUUGACAACAACCAGUCUGUUCUAGUGUCAGCCCACACAUCUGCUGGAAAAACAGUGUGUGCAGAAUAUGCCAUUGCCCUGGCCCUGAGGGAAAAGCAGAGAGUGAUCUUCACCAGCCCCAUCAAAGCCUUGAGUAAUCAGAAGUACAGGGAGAUGUACGAAGAGUUCCAGGACGUGGGACUGAUGACCGGAGAUGUCACCAUCAACCCCACGGCCUCCUGCCUGGUUAUGACUACUGAGAUUUUGCGGAGUAUGCUGUACAGAGGUUCAGAGGUGAUGCGAGAGGUGGCCUGGGUCGUGUUUGAUGAGAUCCACUACAUGAGGGACUCCGAGCGUGGAGUGGUAUGGGAGGAGACGAUCAUCCUGCUGCCAGACAACGUGCACUACGUCUUCCUCUCUGCCACCAUCCCCAACGCCAGACAGUUUGCAGAGUGGAUCUGUCACCUCCAUAAACAGCCAUGCCAUGUGGUGUACACAGACUACCGCCCCACUCCCUUGCAGCACUACAUCUUCCCAGCAGGGGGCGACGGACUUCACCUUGUGGUGGACGAGAAUGGCGAGUUCAGGGAGGACAACUUCAACACGGCCAUGCAGGUCCUGCGGGACGCCGGCGACUCUGGGGGGAGCAGUGGAGGGGGGAAGUGGGACCCCAAAGGCAGGAGAGGAGGAACGAAAGGCCCGUCCAAUGUGUUUAAGAUCGUCAAGAUGAUCAUGGAGAGGAACUUCCAGCCGGUCAUCAUCUUCAGUUUCAGCAAAAAGGAGUGUGAGGCCUACGCCCUGCAGGUUUCCAAGCUGGAGUUCAACACAGAUGAGGAGAAGAAGCUCGUGGAGGAGGUCUUCAACAACGCCAUUGACUGUCUCUCGGACGAGGACAAAAAGCUCCCACAGGUGGAGCAUGUCUUGCCGUUGCUGAAGAGAGGCAUAGGGAUCCAUCAUGGAGGUCUCUUGCCCAUCCUGAAGGAAACCAUCGAGAUCCUCUUCUCUGAAGGCCUGCUCAAGGCUCUGUUCGCCACGGAAACCUUCGCCAUGGGGAUCAACAUGCCGGCUCGCACCGUCCUCUUCACCAGUGCCCGCAAGUUUGAUGGCAAAGACUUUCGCUGGAUCACGUCGGGCGAGUACAUCCAGAUGUCUGGGCGAGCGGGCAGGAGAGGCAUGGAUGAGAGGGGCAUAGUCAUCUUCAUGGUGGACGAGAAGAUGAGCCCUUCCGUGGGCAAGCAGCUCCUCAAGGGCUCGGCGGACCCUCUGAACAGUGCCUUCCACCUGACCUACAACAUGGUGCUGAACCUGCUUAGAGUGGAGGAGAUCAACCCCGAGUACAUGCUGGAGAAGUCCUUCUACCAGUUCCAGCACUACAGGGCUGUACCCGGCGUGGUUGAGAAGAUGAAGAAACUGGAGGAGCAGUACAAUGCCAUAGAGAUCCCGAACGAGGAGAGUGUGGUCACCUACUACAAGAUCCGCCAGCAGCUGGCCAAGUUGGCCAAGGAGAUCGAGGAGUUUGUCCGCAAGCCCAAAUACUGCCUGCCUUUCCUCCAGCCCGGGCGGCUAGUAAAGGUCAAGAAUGAGGAAGCUGAUUUUGGGUGGGGUGUCGUCGUGAACUUUUCCAAGAAGACAAAUGUCAAGGUGGUGGAUAGGGAUGUGGAUCCUCUCUAUGUGGUGGAGGUUCUGGUCCACUGCAGCAAGGACAGCGUGAAGAACGCCGCCACGGAGUCCGCGCGUCCCGUUCCCACAGGGGAGAAGGGCGAGAUGCAGGUGGUGCCCAUGCUAUUAAAUCUGGCGACAGACGUCUCCUCUGUCUGCACAUGGGCUAAAACAGACACCUCUCGGCGCAGCCGGCUGCUAACUAUCCAGGAGGUCCAGAAGCGCUUCCCUGACGGCCUGCUCCUGGACCCCAUUGACGACAUGGGCAUCAAGGACCCGGCCCUGAAGAAGGUCAUCCAGAAGGUGGAGGCCUUCGAGCACCGGAUGUACUCCCACCCGCUGCACAGUGACCCCAGCCUGGAGGCCGUCUACACGCUGUGUGAGAGGAAAGCCCUGAUUGCGGGCGACAUCAAGGCAGCGAAGCGGGAACUGAAGCGGGCGCGCACAGUGCUGCAGAUGGACGAGCUGAAGUGCCGUAAGCGCGUGCUCCGACGCCUGGGCUUCGCCACAGCCUCCGACGUCAUCGAGAUGAAGGGUCGCGUCGCUUGCGAGAUCAGCAGUGCUGACGAGCUGCUCCUGACUGAGAUGGUGUUCAACGGCCUCUUCAACGACCUGACAGCCGAGCAGGCCACAGCCCUCCUCAGCGUCUUCGUGUUCCAGGAAAACGCUAAUGAGAUGCCCAAAUUGACGGAACAGUUGGCUGGUCCCUUACGACAGAUGCAGGAAUGUGCCAAGCGCAUCGCCAAGGUCUCUUCGGAGGCCAAGCUGGACGUGGACGAGGAGACGUACCUGAACGCCUUCAGGCCGCACCUGAUGGACGUGGUCUACACCUGGGCCAACGGCUCCACCUUUGCCCAGAUCUGCAAGAUGACGGACGUCUUUGAAGGCAGCAUCAUCCGCUGCAUGCGUCGUCUGGAGGAGCUGCUGAGGCAGAUGUGUCAGGCAGCCAAAGCCAUCGGCAACACUGAGCUGGAGAACAAGUUCGCUGAGGGCAUCACGAAGAUCAAGAGGGAUAUCGUUUUUGCUGCCAGUCUUUACCUCUGAUUCAUCGUUAGACCUGCAGCACUGCUUGUUACUUUAGAGUUCAGUUUCUUGCUUUACAUGUGUCUUGAAUCACAAGGCUGCAC